GCUCCGAGGAGACCUUCGAUGUUAUUAUUUAAACACUCAUGCAUUGGCGACGGUCAGCAAAGGGUGUUUAAAAAUAAAAUCUGCCACGUUCUAAUCUCACAGCAGCAGAGACGGAUCCAGAGUGGACUUUAGACCAUUUCCUUACCCCCCGACAUCACACAACCGGAAGUAUUUCCGGCCGCCUAUUCGAGCACCCAUAAACACUGUAGCUUUCGUAUUAGACACCCAAUGUGUGUAGAAGCAGUCAGUGGUUUAUAUUUGGGAGAAUGGCACAGUUAAAGAUGCAUGCGUUCUGAUUAAGUCGAGAGCAGUGUUUUAUUGUAGGAUAGACAAAGUCUUUUGCAGGUUUAAGAGGCUGCUUCUAACUGGAUAUGAACAUUUGAUUCAUUUUUUAAAGAGCUUUUAUUUUCUUUCUGAAAGUUGUUAAUAUAUACAAUUAUUUUUAAAAACUUCAAAAUGAAUUCAUCUUGCAAUGUUUCGCCUACGACUUCAACUUCAUCACAAAGUAAUGAUUCGUCCAGUCUGGCAGACCAAAAUAUAUCCGCCAGUGUGAAUACAGGGAUUUUAACACCAUCCAUUGCAAGGGAAAUAGUACGCAAUUUGAAAUUGCAGCUGGGGGCAUUUAAUCAAGGCACAAGCUCUUCUAUGAUGCCUGCUCCCAGUCCGCCAGGUCAGGAUGUGCAGCAGCUGAAUUCUCCUUUCUCGCCUUCUACAUCACAUCAACAGAUGAAUGCUCGAAAUAGUCCUCUGUAUGUACAAAAUUCGACACCAUCGCCGCCUUCGGAGAGGAAUUACUUGAUGCAUUCGCCUAAUAUGACAGUAAAUAGUUCUCGAAAUCGAAGGAAUCAAACACCAUCGCCGAAUUCACAUCUCCAUAAUAAUUCUUUCUUAAUGGCUGCAGGAUCUUCGAUGAUGCCUGCUCCCAGUCCGCCAGGUCAGGAUGUGCAGCAGCUGAAUUCUCCUUUCUCUCCUUCUACAUCGCACCAUCAGAUGAAUGCUCCUAAUAGUCCUCUGUAUACACAAAACUCUUCAAUAAUGCCCGUUCCCAGUCCACGAGGCCAAGAUGUGCAGCAACUGAAUUCUCUUUUUUCGCCUUCUACAUCACAUCAGCAGAUGAAUGCUCCUAACAGUCCUCCAUAUGCGCAAAACUCGGCAUCAUCGCCGUCUUCAGAGAGGAAUUACUUGACGGUAAAUAGUCCUCGAAAUCCAAGUAGCCAAUCGCCUUCAUCGUCUUUAAAGAUGCAGGACUUAUUCUGUUUUCCCAGAACAUCAGCAAGCAGUCAUCUAAAUCCAAGGAAUCAAUCACCAUCAUCGAGUUCAAGCAUGAAUUACCCGAUGUCUUCAUCUAAUUUUGCCAGUAAUAGCCCACCCCUGAUAUCUUCCGAUUUACCAUCAUUAACGGCGCCAUUUCAAUCUUUGCAACUUGCACAAUCUUCCUCCGCAGAAGCUAGCUCAUUAUAUGCUUCCAAUAGCUUAAUGGUAGCAAGAGAUCCUCCUCCGUAUUCUGCUGCUACACAGAAUAAUCAGCCUGGGGUUACAUACACAGAAUUAAGUUCCGCUCAGCCGUAUGACUUUGUUCCGAAUUCUUCGGCUCAGGCUGCCUCUUCAGCUCCGUCUGGUUUUGCAGAGAACGACAAUUCUUACUGGCCAAUUUAUCAUGAAGAGUUCGAUGAGAAGACUGAUCUUCCUGCCCUGAUGUCUGUCGAUGAAGGUCUUGGGACAUCUCCAGAAACGAGUCCAGGACAACAAAGUCAAAGUAGUCCAAGUUUUGCCUAUGGCGAUGAUUCUCUGAAUGCUAGUUAUAACAACAAUGUUUCUCGCGCGUCCUUUAUUAAUCAUAUUGAACCACAGCGUGAGCCAGCUAGAGAAUGUCGACAAUGUGGACGAGACAUGACUCUUAGAGGUGGUUGCUACGACUGCGAUAAUUGUAAUGAAAUGAAACCAAAGAAAAGGAAAAAGAAAGCACAGAUUUCCAGCUCCAGUCGAAAAGUUCAAAAGAUAUGUUGCUCCAACUGCAAAACGGAAACGACUUCUUUGUGGAGAAGGGAUCCAAAUGGUCUUCCUUUGUGCAAUGCUUGCGGACUUUAUUACAAACUCCACGGUAUGCACCGUCCUAUAAGCAUGCGAAAGGACAGGAUCCAGAAAAGGAACCGUAAGCCAAGGAAUAAUGUGAUAAAAAGUCCAAAGAGAAAACCGCCGUCCCCAGCAGGUGCUGCUUCUCCUUUGUAUGCUGCUCGCAACAAUCCUGCGUCCUCAUAUCCUGCUCCACCACCGAGAAAUGUUCACUGUCGUUCUCCACCAAAUCGUAAUCCUGUUGUCUUUGUGGCUCAUAAUAAUCCUGCUAUCCAAUUUCCUGCUCCUGCUGUUCCUAGAAAUGUUCAGCAAGCGGUAUACGUCGCGCAAGUUGCCGGUGCUGCAGCUGGUGGUGCUGCUGCAGGUCCUUCAGUGCAAUAUCAGUUUCCACCAAUCCAAGUUCAAAACGUCGCUCCUGCUUAUUAUAUCCAAAACGCAGCAACUGCUGUUGCAGAAGAUGACAAUCAGGACACUUAUUCACAAUAUAUGGAGCUGUGAUUUCCAAUAGGUUGUUCAAAUGACCAAUAGCUCGUACAACUAUGCAAGUCCAUAAAUGUAUUUUUAAUGAAAUCCCUUGACAUUGGGUCUUUUAUAUGUAACUAUUUUAUUAAUGUACAGUUAGAAUUUAGAUCUUAUGUAAAUUCAGUUGAUUAUCUUAUUGAUUAGCAUUAAGAUAACAUCUAGUCAAUUUCAUAAAUGUUUUUCAAAUCUUCUUAAUGUUAAAAUCAUAAUGACUGGCACUUAUUAAUUCUAUAACAUACUGCCCGGUGGCGCUUCUUAUUAUGAAUCUGGUGACAAUAUUAACGUAAUAUCUAAAAUAAUUGCAAUGAAAAACCAUCUGCAUAAUCUGUUUCUCUUAUUAGCUUUCAUUGGCUGAGCAAAAGUGAAAAGUGCCAGAGACUUAAUUUUUUAACUUUCCCCUUAUUCUUAUCGACUUCUUAAUUUAAACAUUUAAAGCAUAACACUAAGGCAUUAUCAAACAGCAAUUCUUAAAUUAUGUUACCCCAUUUCCUCACUCUAAGUCAUUGUUAAGUUCUGCAAAAUGCAGUUUAUUUCUACAGAGUAUUUGAACGCUGGAAUUCGUAAUCUGCUCUGAAAAAAUUGUUUUUAGGAAAUGGAUGACAACGUUGAUUGGCGCCUAAUAUUUAUGGGCAAUUUUGAUAAAAUAAAUUAUUGAAAUUUAUUUAAUUAGAUACUGCUAAUUACUGCAGAUGAGUCAAUACUUCCCCAUACCUCAUUUAUUAUAGCAGUUAUUUGUAGUAGUAUUCGAAGAUGAUGAGCAGUCAAAAUUUGUGGUUGCAUUUACAUCGCUAUAUUUCUUGUAAUAAAUUGUGGGGAAAUUCAUUUAUACAUUUUUAUGUAUGCUGGUUUUUUUGAUGUUAUAAAAAGACCCUGGUUUUGGAUGCAAAUGGAUGGCCCAAACUAGUUUUGGAUUCUUCAAUAAAUGACGAAAUAAAGUAACAUCUUUAAUCUUAUUUGUGAACAUUUUCUUAUGCUUGAAUUUGUCUAUUACAUGAAAACUAAAUUUUUAAAAAUGUGUGCUUUCUAAUCUUUAAUCUAUGAAUUAUUAUAUUAAAAAAUGAUGGUCAAAUUUGAAUAUUUAUUCACUUAAGAUCUUGAUAAAAAAUUAUUUAUUACUAAAUGUCUAAAAAAAUUUCUAUGACUGUCUGAGCACAAUUGUUGAGUAUUUUUGUAUUUUUCUAAACAUGUGUUAAUAAACGCAUGCGUUUGAGAAAAGAUAUUGUAGUUAUUGAUGAACGUUUACAGAAUUUGUAUAUCAAAUGACUGAGUAAUUUGACGGAUUUUGUACAUUGUUCAAAUUGUUGUAUAUUAUUUAAUGUAUUUUUUUGUCAUGUAUUUUU